UACCAAAUUUGCAGAGGAUCAACGUGUUGAGAGGAACCCCACAUGUGCGAACGGUGUAUCUGCGUCUAUUGAUAAAAUAAAAGUAGACUAAUAUCUAAAGGGGUACAUUUUCAGCCAUCUGUCAUGGGGAGAAAGUUGGAUCCCACCAAAUGGGUGAAGCGGGGACCAGGACGCAAGUCUAGGAAGCAGAAGGGGGCUGAGACGGAGCUGUCCAAGUUUCUUCCUGAGGAGGAGACCACACCAAAGCGACAGUCGAGCAGGUCUAGGAAACGUGCUGUGAAGAGAACUCAAGUAGCCAAAAAGCCUGUAAAAGAUGUCAAAGAAGAAGAGGUGGUGAAAAAAGGAUUCACAGAUGAAAACAGCAAGUGGCUGAAACCUGCCACCAAAAAACGCAAGCUUGAGGAAGAAGAGGAAGACAGCGAUAGCCAAUGGGAGCAGGAGGAGGAUGAAGAUGAGGUAGAAGAGAAGACGGGACAGAAGGGGGCAAAAAAAGGCUUGGCGGUGGAGGAGGAAGAUGAUGAUGACGAUGAUGAGAUGGUAGAUGAUUACGGUGCCGUGGAUGACAGCAGUGAGGGCGACGGCGCCGGGGAAGCAGACAGCGAUGGAGAGGAGCUGCUUCCCAUUGAGCGGGCAGCCAGGAAGCAGAAGAAAUUGGAAGAAGUCAUGGCCGACGAGAGUGAUGAGGAUGAGGAUGAAGAGGGGAAGGCCGGUGAAGAUAUGGAUGAGGAGGACACCGUACAGAUCAACAUGGAUGACAUGGACAAAUUCACAUUACCUGGAGCAGAGGAGACUGAAAAAGAGGCCGUUUUGCCUUUGGAUUUACAAACGAUCCACCAGAGAAUCAAGGACAACGUGGACGUCCUGACUCACUUCACCACCAAGAGGGAGGAGGGGAAGGACCGGUCGGAGUACAUCUCCCUCCUCAAAAAGGAUCUCUGCAUGUACUACAGUUACAACAACUUCCUCAUCGAGAAACUGAUGGACAUAUUCCCAUUGUCAGAGCUGAUUGAUUUUCUAGAGGCCAAUGAAAUUCAGAGACCCAUCACCAUUAGGACAAACACACUCAAAACAAGAAGAAGGGACUUGGCCCAGGCCUUGAUCAACCGAGGAGUGAAUCUGGAUCCUUUGGGGAAAUGGUCCAAAGUAGGCCUGGUCAUCUUUGAUUCUGGAGUACCUAUAGGUGCAACACCAGAGUACCUGGCUGGUCAUUACAUGCUGCAGGGAGCCUCCAGUUUUCUACCCGUCAUGACUCUUGCUCCCCAGGAAGGGGAGACUGUGCUUGACAUGAGCUCUGCUCCAGGAGGCAAAACCACAUAUAUGGCCCAGCUGAUGAGGAACACCGGGGUGAUCGUGGCCAAUGAUGCCAACGCUGACCGACUGAAGAGUGUGGUGGGCAACAUUCACCGUCUGGGCGUCACCAACUCUGUCGUCUGUAACUACGACGGCAGGCAGUUCCCAAAGGUCAUGGGAGGUUUUGACAGAGUACUUCUCGAUGCCCCUUGUUCCGGAACAGGAGUCAUCUCCAAAGACCCUGCAGUGAAGACCAGCAAGGAUGAGUCUGACAUCCUUCGUCUAGCCCACCUUCAGAAGGAGCUGCUCCUGUCUGCUAUCGACUCGGUCAACUCAGACUCGCCUACUGGAGGCUACCUGGUGUACUGCACAUGCUCAAUCUUGGUGGAGGAGAAUGAGUGGGUAGUGGACUAUGCCCUGAAGAAAAGAAAUGUGAAGCUAGUUCCAACUGGACUUGACUUUGGCAAAGAAGGCUUCACCAGGUUCAAAGAACGCCGGUUCCAUCCUUCCCUCCGUCUCUCACGACGAUUCUACCCUCACUCGCAAAAUAUGGACGGUUUCUUUGUUGCCAAGCUGAAGAAGUUCUCAAACACGGUUCCAACCACUUUAACCGGAAAAGACACAGAAGAAGAGACCGAACCUGCUCAGUCUACUGAAGUUACUACGGCUGUUGAGGGGGAACCGUCCAAUUCAGCGGUCAAAGUCAAGACCAAGAAGUCUGCUCCAGGGAAGACAGGGGUACCCCAGAAGCCCCAGGCUAACGGCAAACCGGCCAAAGCUGUUGGCAAGCAAGUCCCAGGGCCCCUCAAAAAGAAAGCCAAGAAGAACGAUAGUCCAGGUGGACCAAAAAAAGCAAAGAUGGACGGAGAGACUGUGAAGGAGGUCAAGAAGACAGGGGGAGAAGCGGAGAAAAAAGAUGGGAGCCGGUUUGAGAAAAAAGGAGCCAAAAAGAGGAAAUCCCCUUUGAAGAAAAAGAACAGAAUCGGGAAAAAUAAAUUUAACAAGUUGAAGAAAUUGCUGAAACAUGACGAUUGACAAUGAACAUGUAUACAAAGUUGUUGACUGAGAUUGAACAGCUUGAAAAUUACAAGUUGAUGUGAGAUCUGUUCGCAUGGUUGUGUUCAGUAGAUCCAGUCUACAGAAUGUUCUGUAAUGGAAGAAAAUGUAUUUCAUACUCUGUCCAAUGGAUUCUGAAUGUGGUCCUGCUGUCAAGGGCAUGCCAGCGAUAUCAAUGAUCAGAUGAACGUCAGUGAUUUAAGAAGACUUAACUGCAGUGGGUCUUCUGAACUGUAAUGACCCUUGUAAUACCAGUCAUAAUUGUAUUCUUCCUCAAUGUUUUUUUUCUUUUUUCAGAAGGUGAUAUUUUGUUUUUUGUCUGCCUUUGAAAGACAUGGAUGUUACAAGUCUUAUAAAUAAUCUGGGAGUCAAAAUAAAUUCUGAAUUGUCUUGACA